AUGUGGCAGAGUUUGAAACAGAGAACUGGCUCGGAGGAGGCAGUGGUGCGUUUCCUGCGUGGUGCGAGCAGGAGGUCGUCGCGGACGGAGGUGUCGCCGGCUGGGUUUUGCACUGGGAGAUCACAGGAGGUGGUCGCCGACGGAGGUCUCGACCGGCUGGGUUUUGCGCUGGGAGAUCACAGGAGGAGCGUUCCUGAGGGCGAGAGGAUGGCGAUGGUCCGCCGGCGGAGGGGGGACCAGGGCAGAACGGGUCCAGAGGAUCCGCACAGCUCCACUGUAGCCCUAAAAGGGAAAUCGCCGACUCCACGCCUGGCUUCCCCGCAAUCGCGCGCUCACCUCGUCGCAGUCGCUCCACCAAAUCAGCGGAGCACCUCACUAGUGACUCGAGCCCAGAUCAAGCCUUGCACCCUGCAGUUAGAUCCGCGGAGAACUUUUGGCUUGGGUGGGAAGAACCGUCGGUGCGGAAGCCAGGGCGAGGAUUACCGGCGGAUGUGCAAGGAAACGAGAGGCAGGGGUUGGAGUUUAGAGCGGAAGAUGGCAUUCGUCGAUGUGGUGUUGGGGCUGUGCGGGUUCGGCCUGGGGUUGUCGACGGGAAUUGUCAUUGGAUAUUGCUUCUUCAUCUACUUCCAGCACUCUAAUGUCAAGAUCCCCAUCCGAGGUCGCACUAUGACCGGCAAAAGGACGGUCGCCCCAUUUCUCUUGCUGCUAAUCGUGUCCUGUUUCCUCCAGAUUUGGGUGUCGGAUUCGCUGUUCUACAAGUCCUUUGACGAGUCGUUUGAGGGGCGGUGGAUCGUUUCCGACAAGGCGGACUACCAAGAUGAGUCUGUGGACAAUGUCCACAGAUCUAGAAAUGACGAACAAGAAGCAUGAGGGAUUAGGGAAUUAUUAUCACAAUUAAUGUUAUGCUAGUCAACUGCGUUACUUUAGAUUACUUGUAUGGAUGCUAAGUUUUUUUUAGAUAUUCUUCAGGAAAGUAACUAGAUUGGUGAAUGAGGAUCUGCCCUGUCCUGCAAUGAACAUAAUCUGUAAAUCUUCCUGUAACAAAUAUUAGAUAUUAUCUAAAUUUGACAUUUACGUGUGGCAACUUAACAGAAUAUGCGGGAAUAGUUUUUUUGAGCAGAUGAAUAUACUUGGCUUUAGCAUAAAGUCAAAAAGAUUGAUGUGGCAAAGAUAGAAAUAUUAAGAUGGAUGCAUGGAGUUACUAGAAGGAAGAAAGUAGACAAUAUUUGUAUUUUAGAGCAAUUAUCCAUAGCUUCAAUGCUAAUAAAAUUUGAGAGAGAAUAAAUUGAGAUGAUAUGGACACACUUAAAGAUUACUAAUAAGUUCUAUGCUUAGUAGAGUUGAAUUGUUAGUGUAAGAUAUCAUAGGUCGAGAGAGAUAAAGAUUACUAGUGAUAUUGCCUACCAUAGAGUUAAAUUGAGAAAUAAGAUUACCAUUCAUCUUUGCACAGUUCAACCUCUCUAAUGAGCAUACUUAACCAAAAUAAUUUUACUUAUUUCCCUCUAUGCCUGAAAUUUCUAUUUUUAGAAAUUUAUUUAUAUCCAUGCUUUGAUCCCAAUCAUUAGAAAUGAUUUCAAUCUGUUAAAACCAAAUAUAACAGAAAAAAAUUACUAGCCCACCUAUGAUUUGAUUUCAUUUUGAAUCUAUUUACAUUAUAUCAUAGGUUGUCUAUGCACAUUUAUCCUAAUAAAUAGGGAAUUCCUUAAAGAUGCCACCCUCUCACCAGCAAAAUAUUAAUCUUUAUAAAAUAAGGUUAGCAAUUUUUUUCUAUCAGUUGUAGGAUUCUUAUAAAGCAAUAUGUUCUUAUAUAUUGUUCAUUAUAAUAUGGGAAUGAUCAUUCCACCAAGAGAGAGAAUGGAAAAAAGACCUACUCCAUUUAAUCAAAACAUGUCAAAAAACUAAGAAAAAUUUUUUAAAAAAAGAAGUAUUACUCAAUAUUAUAUAUAAACUGUGUUUCAUGACAUGAGUAUAUAUUGCAUUUUUGUCUCUAAUGUGCUUUCAGAAUAGAAUUUUGUAUUAUAUACAGUAUUGGAUAAACUUGAAUUGGUUUGGACCUUUUGAUGUGAUUAUCAAUUCAAUUUUAA